UAAAAGAAAUCUCCAAUUCGCCAAAUCGCAGUCUUCGUCGUUGAUGGUCUGUCUGUGUGCGUCCCACCCUUGAAUAAUAUAAAAUGGUCACACUAAAGGCACUUUAGAGAAGGAAAUAGUGUAAGCAUUAUUUAAACAAUGGUCGAAGCUAAUACCGCAAGCGCAAAAUAUAACCAAAUAAUUCCUGGUGGCAUGGUGUAACACUAAUUAAACAAACCCUGUAACUCAGAAAGUAUGGAUGGAGAUAAUGAUACGCCACCCAUUAAAAUCGAACCGAAACAAGAAGCAGAAAUCGAUUCCUUUCUGCAGGGACACAUUUCCGUCAACAACCAAGUUUUGGUGACGGUAAAGGAAGAAGUUACCAUUAGUACACUGUGUUCUAAAUCUCUUGAUAAUGAAGAAGUACAGCUAUUGGCGUUUUCCCCUCACGGCUCUUGGAUCACGUGACCGCCCUAGACCAAUAACAGAAAUCCCCAAUUCAUCUGAUAAUUUCAGUCGCACGAAAAGUGUCUAAGCCCGUGGAUAGCCUGUGGUCUUGAGCCACAUCUAAGCUAAUACCGCACAGCGCAAAAAUUACUGGUGGUAUGGAAUAGCUUUUAUUAAACAAACUCUGUAACUUGAAAGUAUGGAUGGAGAUAAUGACACAGGACCAAUUAAAAUCGAACCAAAACAAGAAGAAGAAAUCCAUUCCUUUCUCCAGAGACACAUUUCACUAUUGGCGUUUCCCCUCACGGCUCUUGGAUCACGUGACCGCCCUAGACCAAUAACAGAAAUCCAAUUCAUCUAAUAAUCUCAGUCGCACGGAAAGUGUCUAAGCCCGUGGAUAGCAUGUGGUCUUCUAAUACCGCACAGCGCAAAAAUUACUGGUGGUGUGGAAUAGCUUUUAUUAAACAAACUCUGUAACUUAGAAAGUAUGGAUGGAGAUAAUGACACAACACCAAUUAAAAUCGAACCAAAACAAGAAGAAGAAAUCCAUUCCUUUCUCCAGAGACACAUUUCAGUAAGUAACGAAGUUUUGGUUACGGUCAAGGAUGAAGUUACCAUUAGUACACUGUGUUCUAAAUCUCUUGAUAAUGAAGCACAGGCACACUCUGACUUUCAACAUGACUUUUUACCUCAGUGUAAAACAGAAUCUAAAGAUUUCAAAUGUGCUGAUUGUGAUUAUGAGACAAAUAGUAAAAUGUACUUUAAACGUCACCUUAGAAAACAUGAAGCGAGACAUAAAGUUUCUAAGGAUUUGAAAUGUGCCGAUUGUGAUUAUGAGACAAAUUAUAAAAGCAACUUCAAACAACAUCUUUUAAAACAUAAAGUUUCUAAGGAUUUUACAUGUGCUCAUUGUCAGUAUGGCACAAAUAUUAAACACCACUUCAAACGACAUCUUUUAAAACAUAAAGUUUCUAAGGAUUUUACAUGUGCUCAUUGUCAGUAUGGCACAAAUAUUAAACACCACUUCAAACGACAUCUUUUAAACCAUAAGGUUUCUAAGGAUUUUCAAUGUGUUAAUUGCCAUUAUGGGACAAAUGUUAAAGACAACUUCAAACAGCAUCUUUUAAAACAUAAAGUUUCUAAGGAUUUUAAAUGUGCUCAGUGUGAUUUUGAGACAAACUAUAAAGCUGUUCUUAAAAAACACCUUUUAAAACAUAAUGUUAAUACGAAUUUGAAAUGUGAUGAUUGUGAUUAUGAGGCAAAUAGUAAAAUGUACUUUAAAAGACACCUUAGGAAACAUGAAGCGAAACAUAAAGUCCCCAAGGAUUUUAAAUGUGCUAAUUGUGAUUAUGAGACAAACUAUAAAGCUACUCUGAAAAAACACCUUUUAAAACAUAACAUUAGUAAGGAUUUGAAAUGUGCUGAUUGUGAUUAUGAGACAAAUACUAAAAUCGGUCUAGCCUCUUUAUAG